UUGAGUUAAUUGGAAGAAUGGCGAAGAGCAAAGAUGACAUAACGUAUGGAACAGCACAAGCAAGGCUAUCAGAAGAUGAAGCAUUGAGGGUAGCUUACAAGCAUGGUACACCACUUGAAGGAGGAAAGAUUGCUGAGUCUGAACCUGUUGAUAUGUUUUCAAGUGCUCAUAAUAUUUCAAAGAACAAUCAAACAACAGCACGUUCCAACAAUGACGAUGAUAGUAAUAAUCAAUCUCAAUUGCAUCAUGAUCACCCUGAAGACACACAAGAAGGAGAUUCUUUGGACUUCACUACUGGACCUCCUUGCUUGCCACAAAAGGGUCCUCCUCCAUCAGUGGCUCAUAAAUUUUGA